AUGGACUGGUUCAAAUCCCCCAAAUUCGCGCAACAUGUCGAUGCCCUCAUGCAGGAAUGGCACGUCCCUGGACUGGGCAUAGCAAUCGUCCAAGACGACACCAUCUUUGCGCAGGGUUUCGGAAAGGCGAAUGUCGACCCCCAAAAUCCCAAGGCCAUCACUGGAGACACCGUCUUCGACAUUGCUUCGUGCUCGAAACAGUUGACGGCCGCGGCUGUUGCUCUACUAGUCGCAGACGAGGACUUCCCGCAGGUGCAAUGGGACACACCGGUGUCGAAGCUGCUGGACGACUUUGUCCUCGCAAAGCCGGAGUACACCGCAGGUGUAACGGUCGAAGACCUCGUCAGCCAUCGCUCCGGCCUCCCGCGACAUGACUUCUCCUACCUCAGCCCGCGAGCAAAGCACCCCGACACCCUGCAAACCAUCACGCAGAGUCUCCGGCACUUGGAAAUCGUCGCGCCGAUUCGAUCAAAGUACAUGUACAACAACAUGGCCUUCUCCGUGCUUGCGUAUCUCGUGGAGGUGGUCUCUGGCCAGUCCUUUGAGGACUUCCUGCGGCAGCGAAUCUGGGAUCCUCUCGACAUGAAAUCGACCAACAUCGCGCCAAAGAACGCCAUCAAGGCCGGCUUGCCCCUCGCGCAACCGCAGAGAUGGGACGGCGAGAAGUUUAUCGCAGUGGAAUCGCAAGACUCCCCUGAAGCUGUGGGUGCCGGCCUGGUCGUCACUUCUGUAACCGACUACGCCAAAUGGAUCCGCGCACUCAUGCACCAACAAGCGCCCAUCUCGCAGGAGGUAUACGAAGACCUCACGCUCCCGAGAUCCAUCGCCGACUGGGAUAUAGACGAAGCGGCCCCCUUUACCUCGCCUUCCCUGUACUCGGCGGGCUUGGAGUCCUAUCACUACCGGGGCCAUCAGGUCAUUGCCCACAACGGCGGCGAUCCAGGCGUCAGCACAAUCACGUUGUGGCUUCCGGAGCAGAAGUUUGGCGUCGUCAUUUUCGGCAACGCAGGCGAUGCGUACUACCCCAUCAACGUGCUGCGGCAUGAACUCGUGGACGAAGCUCUGGGUGUUCCGCAUGCCGACCGUACCGAUUGGAGAGCGAAACAGCGAGAAGACAAAGAAAAAGACGAGGCUAACGAGGCGGAGCAAAAGGAGAAACGGAGGAAGGAGCUUUGUCCCGAGCAUGAGGGGAAAGCGCAGCCCCAGCCUGGAUCUCUCGAGCCUUACCUCGGAAGAUAUUGGAAUGAUGGGUAUCGCGGGAUUGAGGUGGUGAUCAACGAGAAGCAAAAGCUGUUCGUCGACAUGUCCGACCGGACGAUGGGCUUCACGAUAGAGUUCGAGCAUUUGUGUGACGGGACCAAGUACAUUGCGCAUCAAUCCGACUAUUAUGAAGAUGAAGAGGAUGAAACGGCCGCCGAGUUUGUCUUUGAGGGGGAGCGCGUGGUCAAGAUAGGCCUGGAUCUUGAAGAGGACCUGCCGAGUAGGAGGAUCUGGUUUGACAGAGUCAAGGAGAGCUCGCUCGCCGAGAGGCCAAAGGCUUCACGUUGA